AUGUUGAGUUUUAUUUUAAUAGUGUUGAGAAUCUUUAAUUUAUCUGCCUAUUACAUUGUUGGUUUGAAUGAAGAAGUUUAAAUAGAGACAUAUUAAUUAGAAUUGAACCCUAAUAAAUAUGUAAUAAAUUCAUAUUUUGCUUAUGGAUUAUGGAGUAGAUAUACUCCACUAGGAUAAAUAGGUCAAGUUGGACCAAUAGGAUUUUUUGAUAGUAAUUGUUUUCAUCUACAUAAUGCUGUAUCACAAUAAAACUUUGAUUUGAAUCUAAUCGUCUAUGAUUGUCUUAACUAUGAAACUUAAACUAUUAUCAGAAGGAUUUAAUUCAUUACCAUAGAUGAAAAUUGGCAUUUAUUUGAAGUUAAAAUUGAUAAUAAUCAAUAUGAAUAUGUUUGGCAUUAUUUCGAAAUUACUUAGUGGCCAUUACAAAAUAGGUUUGAAUUAUUGAUUAUUUAAUAUCCUGAAAUAAAAUUACAUCAUGUUUAAGAGGAUAUUUAAUUUCCUUUCAAAGACACUUAAUUACUUCUCACUUUUGGAGGUGGAUUACAAAUAUCAUAAUUAAAUACGAAUUAGAUAUUAAAAGAAAUAUCAAAAUUUUCAUUUUUCCCAGGAAAAUUUUAUUUAUAUCCAUUGUCUAUUGGGACUAUGUCAAUUUCAAGAAAUGCUGCUAACAUUGCAUUAAGUGUAUUUGAAUUUAGAGCAGAUUGUUUAUGCAAUUAUAAUAUGUAAAUAAAUAUUCCAGAUAAAGUGAUAUCUCGUUUAGAUAAUUUUAUAUAUACUUCUAAAAAUACAAAUUGUAAUUCAUAUUUGUUUUCAACUUGGAUCAAAAUUUAAAAUAUCUAUUAAUCUUCAUCAGAAUUUUUAUACAAAAUAUUAUAAUUAUCAGCCAACUUUGAAAAUCCUUAAUUAAUUAAUAAUAAUUUAGCUACCUUUUAAUUAUUUUAUAAAUUUACAUCAUCAAAAAAUUAAAUGAUUGUUACUACUUAUAGUUAUACUCUUCCUAUUAUAUCUAUUAAUUUUGAAGAUGAUCCAUUUUUAAUCACAAAAGAAUUUGAUCUUUUACAUAAUAUGCAACUUUGGCAAAAUGUUUUAGUGAUAUUAAAUGAUAAGUAAUUAUAAAUAUCAAUCAUAUUUUAUGAGGGUUUACAAUAGCAUUAGUAUAAUUAUGAAUAGACAGUUAAUUAAUUUAAUGUUGUCAAAUUUAAAUUAUAAUAUGGAAAUGUGUAAUAGUUAGUAAAUGAUUAUCUUUCUGUUUAAUUUUUAAAUUCCUUUUUUUUUAACUGUCUUUCAUUUAUAAUAUUACCUGAAUUAAAUUGUGAUUAAAGCUGUAAAUAAUGUGAUGGUCCUACUAGUUAAGAUUGUUUAUCUUGCCCUGAAAAUUCAAAUCGUAUUUAUAUUGCUGAUCAAAAGUCUUGUAUAUGUCCAUAUGAUAGAGUUGAUGAUAUAAAUUGCUAAGAUUAUUAAAAUUAUAAUUUUGUACUUGUUAAAGAUGAUAAAAUAGAUUAAAAAUGCAUUUAAGGAUACUUUUAGUUUGAGGGAAAUUGUAUCAAAUGGUAAUUAAUAAUAUUUACAUUAGUCCAUCAUUAAUAAGUAGUACAGCAAUUACAUGUUUAGAAUGUGUUUAUUAGCCUUAGACUUGGGAAAGUAAUUCUUUUUGUGAAAUAACUUUAUAUAAUGAUAUCUAAGGAAGUGUAUCUAAGUUUAAAAAAACUUCUUAAUAAUAUUAUAUAUUUGAUGGUAGUGAUCUAUAAAUAAGAUAUUAUUAAAAUUCAAAAGUAAUUAAUGAAGAAAUCGAGAAUAAUUUUGAAUUGGCUUCUAUUAAUUUUAAGAACUUUUGCUUCUAAACUUAUUCUGUUUCAUCCAUAUAUAGAAGUGAGAAAGAAUGUUAUUAAUGUUCUUUACAAAACUGUGUGAUUUGCUAAAUAACUGCUUUUAAACAAAUAUGCUUAGUUUGUGAUGAGUAUUCAGUACUUAGAGAUGGAGUUUGUGUAAUAGAUACUUUGAUGGGAUAAAUUAAUAUUAAUACUUGCUUAGCUCCUUAUUAUUAGACUUCCACUUACUAAUGCAAAUUAUGUAAUAUAAAUAAUUGUUAAUAUUGUUUUGAAUAUUUAAAUAAUGAUUUAACAAAAUGCACUUUAUAUAGAAGCUAUUAAUCUUUUAAUAUAAAUGAGUAUCAUCAAAUAGGUUGUGCUUUAUGUAAAGAUAAUUUUAUUUUUGAUUUUACUUCAGGUAUAUGUAAAUAUGAAAUACCAAAAAUAAAUAAUUGUAUAAGAUCUUAUAUAAAUUUAUAAGGAUAAGAAAUAUGUACUUUAUCAAAAAUAGAUGAUUUUAAGAUUGCUCCUGAAAUUAUUAAUUGUUAAAAAUAUAUUUAAAAUUGUAAACAAUGUUUAUAAACUCCUUAAAAAGUAAUUAAAUGUAUAUUAUGUGAAGAUGGUUAUACAACUUCAAUAACAACAGGAUAAUGUUAUAAAUGCACUAUUACUAAUGCUAAAAUAUGUAUUGAAGGGGAUUAUUAACUUAAAGAUGAAUGGGUGUAAUUAAUUUAGAGUUUUUUAAUCCAAUUUUUACCUAAUCAAUAUAUGUAUCCGAAAUCUGAUAUAUAACGAUACAUAAUUCAAUUACCAUAUUAAUGUUAAUAAGGUUUUAAGCCUGAUCCUUUUAGAAAUUGUAUUAAAUAUUGCGAUUCUAAUUGUUUAUCAUGUGCAUUGACUGAAGAUUAACCGUAUUAAUAUAUUUGUAAAGAAUGUCCUUUGGAUUAUUUUAAAUUACCUUUAAAAUCAGCUGAAGAAGGUAAAUGUAUUUAAUGUCCUUAAUUAUGUUCAGUUUGUAAAUCUAGAACUGUGUAAGAAAUCAAAGUAUUAAUAUAUAUAAUCUUUAGAUGAUUAAUCCUUAUUUUAUUAUAACAAGUGAUUCAAUUAAUUAUACUUAUAAAUGUCUUUAAAAAGCUUAAGAUAAUAAUAUAGUUAUUGAUCCUUAUACUGGUAUUGCUAAGUAUUGUUAUAAUUCUCUUUGUACUGACAUUAUUUAAUAUUAAGUAAUUUUUAUUAAAUAAUUUAGUUUGAUAUUAAUUGCUAAAAUCUAUAAUUUUUAAUAAGAUAUUAAGAUCCUUAAUUUUAUCAGAAUAAUAUAAAUAUUAAUUAUUGUAAUAAGUUAGGAAUCUAAAAAAUAAUUAUUUGGAUGAGAGUUUCAUUCAAAUCUGAAGUUGCUUGUAAUCUUCCAAGUUUUAUAGAUAUUCAAAAUGAUCUUAAAAACAAAAUUUUUCCUCUUCAAGAAGUUUAACUUAAAAUAGAAGGUUUAGAAAGAAUUGGCUUUUACAAACCAUUAGUUUUAAUUAAUUUUAACACUGUUGAAAUUAUUAAUAUGGCAUUAGAAAUAAGAUAAGUGUCAUAUUUGAAUAUAGAAAAUAAUUCAUCCAAAAUUAAUUUAAUUAUCAAAGAUUCAACCAUAUUUGGAUCUUUAAAUGAAAUUUAACAAUAUUCAAUAAAUAUAACUAAAUGGGGAGAUCUAAUAAUCGAAAAUCUGCAAAUAAUAAAUUUAAACUUUUUAAAUUUUUAUCUUUUUAAUUACAUUUCAAUAAGUCCAGAGAGCAAAAUUUAUAUUUAUAAUUUAACUAUAAUUAAUUCCUUCUUUAAUAAUAGUAUUUUAUUUGCAUUUUCAAACCUAUAACAGAAAAUUAACAUUACCAGAAUUUACUUGUAAGAUUGCUAAUUUUAUAAUUCCUCAUUAUUUUCAUUUAAUUAAAUUUCUCCAAAUUCAUUAUCAUAAAUAGAUAUUGUAAACUUAAAUUUAGUAAAUAUUACUUUUUUAAGUUCAAGAUUAAUCGCACCAUCUAAUUAGAUUGAAAUAAAUCUUUAAGAUAUAUAUAUUUAUAAUAACUAAAUUACUAAUUCGACUUUGUUUGAAUUAAAUUAAAAUUUAGUUAUUUAAUAGAUUUUAUUACUUAAAAACAAAUUCUUUAAUUCAAUAUUUGCAUAUAUUACUGAAAUAGAAGGCUUAUAAAACUCAAUUAUAAUUGAUAAUUUUAGAAUUUAAUCAAAUGACUUUUAAACUUCAUCUAUAAUAAAUACUAAAUUAUUUACAAAUAAUAUUUUUAGUAAGUUUCAACUUACUAACUUUUUUAUGAAAGAUAAUUACAGAAUAUUUGACUCAGGAUUAUAUCUGUUUAAUAUAAAUUGUUAUUAGUUAGUAAUUUAAGAAUUUUUUAUAAUUAAUUCAAAUAAUCUAAAUCAUUUUAAAUUAUUUGAGAUAUAAUCAAUAAUAAUUGAAAACAUGAAUUAUUUAAAUGACCAAUAAAUUUAUAAAGUGCCUUUAUCUAUUGAAUGUUUAAAUCACAAAGAAUAAAAUCCACAGUUAUUUUAUAUUUCAGGAUUUUCUAUGCUCUUAAUUCAAAAUAUUAAGAUAAAAAAUUAAUUUAGUAUAGAUUAUAGUUUUUUUCACAUUCUUUCAAAUAUUUUGUAUUCACCUAAUAUUAAAGAAAUAAUUUAGAUAAAAGACGUAAUAUUUGAAGGAAAUAUUAUACUAAAACAAAAUUUAGGAAUCAUAAUUUCAUAAAUAUCAAUCUAUUCUGAAAAAAAUUAAGAAAUUUUCUUGGAAAAUAUUAAAUUUUAGGAAAACUUUUUUAAUGAAUUAAAUGAUGAUCCAUCUUAAACUUCAGCUGGACUUAUAUUUAUUAAUUCUUUAUAAAGUUAUGUAUAUUUCAAUAAUUUAACAUGUUAAUCUAAUGGAGUAACUAAUUCUUCAAAUUCCUUUAUAUACAUAAACUCAAAAUCUGUUUAAAUAAAUUAAAUUUCUAUAAAAAAUCACAACUCUUUAGACUAAAAAAUUUGGAAUUAAUAUUAUGAUAUUCCUAAGUAAAAUUAAAAUAAUUAAGAUUAAACCAAAAUUAUUAUUUCAUCUAUAUUUAAAUUCUUAAAUAAAGGAGGAAUGAUUUCAAUAACAUCUUCUAAUAUAAUUGUUAUCUUAGGUCUUUUUACAUAGAUAUUAUCUUAAAGUAGUUCUAUUUUUGAUAUUAAAACAUAAGGUUAAGGAAUUGUUCAAUUUGAUUCCCUAUUUAUUAAUUAAGCUGAAGUUGAUUUAUUAUCAUAAACUGAGAUAUAAGGUUCUAUUAGUAUUUUCUCGAAAAAUAGCCUAUUGAAUUUAAAAAUUCGAAAUGUUUAGUUUAAGAAUGUCUUUAAUAGAUUAAGUUCUUCAAUUCUGUCUAUCACACCAUCACAGAAAUAUAAUAAAAUUGAAAUUCAAGAUGUGAUAUUAGAAAAUUGCUUAUCAUUGAUUAAUCAAUUUAUGAAAAUUGAAUUCCCUUAGUAAAAGUUAGAUUAAAAUUUAGUUUUAAUCUAAAAUUUAUCAAUAAAUUAAUCUCAUCUUGAUUGGAUUGAAUAUUUCAAUAAAAUUGAUCCAAUUAGUUUAAGUGAAAUAAAUAAAGUGCUUAUAGAUAAUGCAAUAAUAAAUAUAAAUGAAUGUCACUUAAUUAUAAAAGGACUUAGAUGUGAAGGAACAUUUAUAUCACCAAUUUUAAAAAUUUCAGAUUCUUAAAAAAUAUAGAUUAAAAAUUGCUAAAUAAAUUCAGUUAAGACUUUUUAUUCAUUUAGUAUUUUAUAGUUUAUUUAAACUAAAACCUAAAAAGCUUCAAUUUUUCUCGAAGCAAUUUCAAUUAAAAAUAUAACAUUAUUUUAAGAUAAAAUUGAACAAAUAAUAGUUUAGAAAACUUUUCAGAACAAAUACACAGCUGAUAAAUGUACUAUAUUAAAAAAUGAGCCUCUAACUUAAGUCAUAUAAACUUAUUCUUUCUAAUAUAUUUUGUAAUAUUUAAAUGAAAAUACAUUAUAAACUGGAUCUUUAAUUUUUAUAUAAAGUAUUUCAAGUGAAAAUAUUAUAAAUCUUAAAAACUUAUUAAUGAAUUAAAAUAAUUAUUCAGAAAAAUUGAAUGGAUUAAUAUAUUUUGAUCUAUUAGGAUUUUAAAUAUUAAAACUUAAUGAAAUUAAUUGCAUUUAAAAUAAAAUUAAUGAAUUUGGUUGCCUUAAAUUUAUUGCAAAGAAAAAUUAAGAAAAGAAAAUUAUAUUGAAAAAUUCAAACUUUUUAUAUAAUAAUGGUACAAUAGGAUCUGCUAUAUAUGCUACAAAAGUGAUAAUAGAUAUUCAAAAUAGUAAAUUCAUUGAGAAUAUUGCAGAAUAAUAAGGUGGGGCUAUCUAUAUGGAGAAUUGUAGUAACAAUUUUAGAAUAAUUAAUUCUUUUAUAUUAAGAAAUAAAGCUUAACUAGGAGGUGGAAUCUAUUUUAAUGGAAAUAAUCAAAUUAAUAAAAAUAAUGUUAUAAAUUCAUUAAUUUUAUUGAAUUCUGCUGAAAAAUUAACAGAUAAUAUUGUAGAAUUGCCACAUCAUUUAAUUUUAUCAAUAAAUAACUAAAAAAUGCUUUCAACAUAAUAAAUAUCUGAAAACUUGACUACAAAUACUUUAAAAUUAGAUUAUUAUAACAUAAUAGAGUAAGGUAUAUUAUAAAAUACAAAUUAUCUUUAUUUACCUAGUAGUCAAAUAAUUGGCAAUUUUAAAUUGUGGAAUCCAAAAAAUUAAGGAUAUAUUUAAUACAUUUAUGAUUUCUCAAUAUUUUUAUAAAAUAGUAUUCAUGAAAAAGUUUCAAAUUUAAUUAACUUAACUUGCAAUAUACAAACGCUCACUCAAAUUUAAAGUAAUCAAACAAUUGAAAAUAGUAAAUAUAUUGAAAUUUUACCUUAUAAUUAAGAAAAAAAUAUAUUUAAUUUGGAAUAACUUACUUUUACAUUCGAUCCUUAUUAAAAUAAUGAUUAAAUUCUUAUAGUAUAAAUAAAUUGUUCAUCAUAAUUAAAUCAAAAAUAAUUUAUAUACAAUUUUUCAGCUAAGUCUUUUAAAUGUUAAUUGGGAGAAUUUUAUAUUAAUGAUGGAUGCUAAAUAUGUUAAUAUAAUUAAGGUUUUUAUUCAGUUACAUAUAAUGCAACAAAAUGUUCUAUAUUUGAUAAGACUAAGUUUUUAAAUAUCACUUCUAAUAAAAUAGAAUUGUUAUAAGGAUUUUGGAGACCAGAUGAAUUAUCUGAUUAUACCGAACUUUGUUUUAAAUAAUAAUAAUAUUGUUUAGGAGGAUGGAAAGUAGGAAAUAAUUUAUGUUCAAAUGGACAUAUUGGUGGAUUAUGCGAAGAAUGUGAUAAUUAUAAUAUAAGAGGGGGAGGGUAAUUCUUCAAAGAUCACGAAAAUUAAACUUGUCAGCAAUGUUAUAAAAAUUCAAAAGGCAUACUUUUAUUUAUACUAGCUUCUUUUUGGUAAAUAAUCUUAUAUAUAAGUAGGGCUAUCUUCUAAAUUCUUUUAACAUUAAAAAGUAUUGAUAAAUCAAAUAAAUUAUUUUAUUCAUUGAAAUUAGGAUAAAAAGUGAGUAAAAUUCUAUUUAAACUAAAUUAAGGUAUUUAAUUUAAUUAAAUUAGAUCAUCAAAGUAUUUAAAUAAAAAUGUUUUUAAAUUUUCUUUGGAUAUUUUCUUUAAUUUUUUCUUUUAAUAUUUAAUUUUCAUUUUCUUUUGGAUUUGUUGAUCAAAUAAGUAAUCCAACUAAUUUUAUGGCUACAAGUUUAGACUGUUAUUUAUUAGAAUUUUAAAAUAUUUAGUUAAAUUAUUCUAGAAUUAUUGCAACACUACUGUUAAUUUUAUUACAAAUGAUUACCAUAUUUAUUGGGUCUUAAAUUUUAGUUUUAGCAGCUAAGUUUAAAAAUCUUAAUAGUGUUUUAUCAAAUACUGGACUUUAUCUUUAUGUAUCAAAUUUUGCUUCAUUGAUUAAAUAGUAAAUAUAUUAAAUUAUUUAUAGAUUUUCAUCAUUGUUAUCAAGAAGAUAAAUAUCAAAUAUUGAUUAUAUUUAAGGUAAUGUCUCACUUCUAUUUGAUACUGAAUCUCAUUAUAUUUGGAUAUAUAAAUUUAUAAUACCUGGACUAGGAUUUAUAGGAUGUUUUAUUCCAAUAUUUUUGUUUAGUUUAAUGUUUAUUAGAAGAAAAAAACUUGAUGUAAUUAAAUUUAGAAAACAUUUAUGUUAUAUGUUUAAUGAAUAUGCAGAACAUUGUUAUUACUGGGAAUUUAUUAAAAUAUGGAAGAAAACUAUUCUUAUUAUAAUUUUAACCUAUUUUGAAACUAAUAUAUUAUUAAAAGCAUCUUUAUUGGGACUUUGUUUAUUAGUUUAUUAGUUAUUCACUGUUAAAAUCAAGCCGUUUAUAAAUUAAAAACUAAAUUCUCUAGACUUAGAAACUGGAUAAUUUUGUUCGAUUGCAAUAUUUUUAGCAGCAAAUAUAUAUGUUUGUGAAUAAACAGCGAAUUAUAUUUAUUCUUAUUUACUUUAAUCUGCUAUUCUUCUACUAUUCAUCAAACUAUGUUAUCCAUUUAUUAAUUAGAUUAUCAGCCUAAAUUAUAAAAUGUAAAAAAUGAACAUUCUUAUUCUAUUAUUAAAAAUUAGUAAAUUAUUAAAAACUAAUUCUAAAAUCUCUAAAAAUUUAAAUUCAAAGUUGAUAGAAUUUAAAUAAAGAGAAUAAAAGUUAAAGUAAAAUAUUUAAAAAUUAAAAUAACAUCUAUUCUAUAUAUCUAAAAAUAUUAAUGAAUAUUAAAAGUAUUGAUAUUAUAAUUUUUUAGAUUAUCUUAAUAGUAAAAUAAAUCAACAUUUAGGAUCUUAACUUCUAGAGAAACUGAAGUUAUAAAGUUUAUGAAAACUGAUUAAGAAUGA